AUGGGAAGAAAAAGUAAAAGUAAUUUAGAUUUACCACAAGAAGAACCACUUACAGUUACAAGAAGUGGUAGAACAAUUAUAAAACCAAAUCCAGUUGUAACAAAUACACCAGUAAAAAAAACAACCAAAACAAAUAAAAAAUUAAAAGAAAGUAGUGAUGAAGAAGAUUCAUCAUCAGAAAAUGAAGAACCAAUUUUAGAGAAUCAAAAAAAUAAAAAAAAGAAAGAUUCAACAACAACAUCAACUGUAAAUAGAAAAGAAAAAAAACCAACUACACCAAAAAAAAAACAACAACAAAAAUUAAAAGAAUCAGAUGAUGAAGAUGAUUCAUCAUCAUCAUCAUCACCAAGCAUAACACCACCAAAAUCUUCAAAUACAUCAACCAAGAAAUAUACUCUUGAAGAGUUAGAUAUCAUUACAAGAGAGAAUAGAAUUGUUUAUAUUAAAUUUUUCAUUUUUUCAAUUUUAAUGGUAGUUGUACCACUUUUAGCCUUUAAAAUAUUUAAUACUACCGUUGGUGAUUAUCUUGGAAUUAGUAGACAAGAUAGAGUAACAUAUGCUGGUGUAGCUUCAUUAUGUGGAUUAAUUUUAGUUAUGGCUGCUUAUAGUGUCAUGGCUUAUUUUGAAAAAUAA